UGAUUUGGACACGGGGAGGGCUUGGGGACAUGGUGGGAUGGAAGGAGAAGAGAAUGUCCCCAGGGUGGGAUGGAAGGACAAGAGAGUGACCCCCCAGGGCAGCAGAAUGUCCCCAGGGUGGGAUGUGGGGACAAGAGAGUGACCCCCCCAGGGCAGCAGAAUGUCCCCAGGGUGGGAUGCAAGGACAAGAGAAUGCCCCCAAGGCAGCAGGACAUCCCCAAGCUGGGAUGCCAGGACAAGAGAGUGACCUCCCAGGGCAGCAGAAUGUCCUCAGGGUGGGAUGUGGGGACAAGAGAAUGUCCCUAGGGCAGCAGGACAUCCCCAAGCUGGGAUGCCAGGACAAGAACGGUGUCCCUGGGGCCAGCAGCCUUGGGACAGGAGGGUGUCCCCAGGGCAGGGUGCUGGGGUGGGGGGACAUCCCGGGGACAGAAGGACAUCCCUGGGACGGACAGGAGAAGGUCCCGGGGACAGAAGGACAUCCCAGGGACGGACAGAAGGACAUCCCAGGGACGGACCGGAGGACAUCCCAGGGAAAGGAGAAGGUCCUGGGGACAGAAGGACAUCCCAGGGACGGACAGGAGGACAUCCCAGGGACGGACCGGAGGACAGCCGGGGUCAGGAGCCGCCACAGCCCCGCGCCGGUGCCGGCGCUGACUCAGCCGCUCCCGCAGCAUCACGUGGAGCCGGGGCAGCCCCUUCGUCCCCCUCCCCGUCCCCUCCUUCCCUCCAGCCCAUCCAAACCCGACGCUUGCCAAAAUUUUCCGGCUGCCUCCAAACUUCCUCAAUCCGGGAGCAUAAAAAGCGCAGCGGCCGCGGCUCCCGCAGGCCCCGUCCCGGCGCUCCCACCGACGGCUCCGUGCUCGUCCCCAGGCUGUCCCCAGGAUGUGGUGGCCCGUGCUGCUGGCCCUGCUGGUCCCUGCGGCUCCGGCCCAGCUGCACCCAGAGCAGGAGCUGGACGCGCAGUGGGAGCUGUGGAAAAAAACCCACCGCAAGCAAUACAACGGCCAGGCAGACGAGGUGACGCGGAGGCUGAUUUGGGAGAAGAACCUCAAAUACAUCAACACCCACAACCUGGAGCACUCCCUGGGCCUCCACACCUUCGAGCUGGCCAUGAACCACCUGGGUGACAUGACCAGCGAGGAGGUGGUGAGGACAAUGACAGGGCUGAAGGUGCCCCGAGGUCACCAACGCCACAACGAGACCCUCUUUGUCCCUGACUGGAGUGAGAGAGCCCCAGCUGCCAUGGACUGGCGUAAGAAAGGCUACGUGACCCCUGUGAAGAACCAGGGCCAGUGUGGCUCGUGCUGGGCUUUCAGCUCGGUGGGUGCCCUGGAGGGGCAGCUGAAGAGGAAAACAGGCAAGCUGCUGUCCCUCAGCCCCCAGAACCUGGUGGACUGCGUGGCCAACAACGACGGCUGCGGCGGCGGCUACAUGACCAACGCCUUCGAGUACGUCCGCCAGAACCGCGGCAUCGACUCCGAGGACUCCUACCCCUACAUCGGCCAGGACGAGAGCUGCAUGUACAGCCCCACCGGGAAGGCGGCCAAGUGCCGCGGCUACCGCGAGAUCCCCGAGGGCAACGAGAAGGCUUUGAAGAGGGCGGUGGCCAGGAUUGGGCCCAUCUCCGUGGGCAUCGAUGCCAGCCUGCCCUCCUUCCAGUUCUACAGCCGAGGCGUGUACUACGACGAGAGCUGCAACGCUGAGAACAUCAACCACGCCGUGCUGGCCGUGGGCUACGGGGCACAGAAAGGCACCAAGCACUGGAUCAUCAAGAACAGCUGGGGCGAGGAAUGGGGCAACAAGGGCUACGUCCUCCUGGCCCGCAACAUGAACAAUGCCUGCGGUGUGGCCAACCUGGCCAGCUUCCCCAAGAUGUGACAACCCCACCCAGCCCUUCCCUACCCACUGCCCUGCCUCCAGCUUGGCCCCUUCCCUCCCAGCCCCAAAGGUGACGGUGCUCCCGGGGGGAAUUCUUUGUUUCCAUGAGAAAUUUCUCCUGGGAAAAGGGAAAUUCACCUGCAGGGAAUGGAAAAUUCACCUGCAGGGAAUGAAGGAUGAGUCCCCUCAACUCUGUUUUUCACACUUCUGCAUUCCCAUGAUCUGUGGAGGCCAAUCCACCCAGACAUGCUUCAGGAAGCAGGUUCCACACCAGCCUCUGCCUCAGGAGGAAUAUUCCCAAUGGAGAACAAAAAUCCCUCUCCCUCCACCCUGUAUCCCAGUGGAGGCUGCUGAGUGAUCUUGACUUUAUUUUUCAACUAAAAUUGGGAAUAAGGCUU